UGGAGACGAGACGCGGUCGGAAACAGCAGAAUAAAGGCUCGUUUCUUUGGGGGUCUUUACCCGGUGUUUGCGGACGGACAUGUCGCCCCCACUGAGACCCCAGUACGGAUGCGAAGCGUCACGGAAAUGGAGACCGGCAGCGCCUCCAGCUGCGUUGGGGAAGCGCACUGGAGUGGCCCCACAGCCAUGGCCCCUUCACAAUCAGCCUUCCAGACACAACCCCAAGAGCCUCUGUGCUCCUCCGCAUGUGUCCCGCUUCCACACUCGGUAUGCGGAGGAGAGCGCAGAACGCCCCCAUCUGGUCACUGUUGUCCGACCCUGUGGACAAAGCUCACUGCGGAAGGUGACGAUACUGUUGAACCGUAGAGGCGUGGUGUCGCUGGAGCAGCUGUUAUUGGACAUCUCCGAGGCUUUGGGCUUCCCACGCUGGCACAGGUCCAGAGUCACACGUCUGUUCACAACAUACGCUCGAGAGGUGAAGAAUGUGUGUGACUUCUUCCGUGGGGAUCCAGCAUUUCUAGCUUUUGGAAAGACUCGUCCGGAGCUGAGCAAUGUUGAAGAAGCCCUUGAGGAGCUGUUCCCUGAGCACCUGCAGUACCGUGCCGAUGUGCUGACCGUUUGGGAGAAGAAACUCCGGUCGGUCCAAAAUAAAACAUCGAAAGCAGACAGCGGCUACAGUGAAGGAACCGACUGCAGUGAGACUCACUGUAAUGGAGACAUGCACCUGGAUAAAAACAAGCGUCAGAAUAAUCGCACAAGUGUCCCAUCCUCUGAGGCCAGAAUACCUUCACAAAAGGGCUGCUUGGCCAAUAACAAGUUGAAUACUGACCCAUAUAGAUAUGCAGCAUACCUGCCGAAUCACCUCCAGAGGCUGAGAGUAAAGGGUGAGAUCAAGGAGUCAAAAACUUCUGCAGGCGUUUCUCCUUCAAAGCAUGAUUCAGAUCUGAGAGACGUAAAUGUUGCGUCUCCAACGUUGUGUCAGAACUGCAUAACAACAAGAGUAAAACAUGGCCCAGAACCCAUCAACCGCCUGUCUGGGUGGGUGAAGCUUCCGCCCGUGGCAAGGAAGCAAAGAGGAAGCUCAUCGACUGAACAGGAUGAGAGGAUACUGGACACCGGCCCUGCUGGAUCGCCUGCCGGGAACAAAGAGACACUUAACUCUGCCUUGUUGCCUCCUUUAAAUCCACUUCCAGCAGUUGGGGAAGUCAAUAAUAACAUUCAUGAGAGUUUGAACUUUGACCUCUUCUUGGGUGACUGUGAAUUAACUCAAUCUGAUGUUGAGUCGUUGUAUGUUUUUGGACGCGUAGUGGGUGAUGGAAACUUUGCUGUAGUUCAGGAGUGCCGUCGUCGCAACGAUGGACAAACCUUCGCCGUAAAGAUAGUGGAGCGCUCUAAACUGAUUGGUCGAGAGCAUAUGAUGCAAAAUGAGCUGAGCCUUCUGGGAAGCCUAAGCCACCCCCGCAUUGUGCGCCUGUUUGCUCACCAUCGCACUAUGACACACUCGUACCUGGUGAUGGAGUUGGUGAGCGGCGGGGAUCUGUUUGAAGCCAUCAGUGUGCGGGGAACGUUUUCCGAGGCCGAGUCGGGACUGAUGGUGUCGGAUGUGAGCGAGGCCCUCAACUACAUCCACUGCAAGAGCAUCGUCCACAGAGACAUCAAACCAGAGAACCUUCUGAUUGAACACACUGAUGCUGGCGUCAACAGGCUGAAGUUGGGGGACUUCGGUCUGGCCAUGGUUGUGACUGAGCCGGUCUUUACUAUCUGUGGGACACCAACCUACGUGGCUCCAGAGAUCCUCGCAGAGACAGGUUAUGGGGUUGAAGUGGACGUCUGGGCCCUGGGCGUCAUUCUCUACAUCCUCCUUUGUGGUUUCCCUCCAUUUCGAAGUCGGGAUCGCAAUCAGGACGAGCUAUUCCAGAUAAUUAAACAAGCGCAGGUGCAUUUCUUCUCUCCUUACUGGGACCCAAUCUCAGCAGAAGCCAAAGGUCUGGUCAAAGCACUUCUGCAGCCUGACCCCACAGUCAGGUUAACUGCCGAGAAGACUUUGCUGCACCCCUGGGUGAAGGAGAUGGCUUCUAUCUGCAAGGAGAGGGCGCUAAAGGACAAGACUCGGACGAAACAGGACUCAGCUGUGAAGGACAGUCACAUAGCACAAUCUCAUUCAGGGCCAGGAAUAACAGCAGAAGACCAAAGCAGCAAUGGACAUCCUUUAAAUGAUGGCGAGAAGAAGGAAGAGGACAACGAUGCAGCUCUGGGACAGAAACACACAGAUGCUGUGGUGACAUCUUUACACACCGCUUAUGACUCAAACAGGCCUGUUGUUCAGGAGUCUGCUGUGUCAGACUCAAAUCACCUCCUGGGCAGGUUGGACAGUGAGCCCAUUGCUUCUGCUUCCCUGGAGCUACCCAGCACUUCACCCUCAGUGAAAUCAAGUCUAAGCAGAGAGAAGCAAACUCCCAAUUCUCUGUUUAAAAACCCAACUUCCAACCUCAAAGAAGAGUCAGAAACGGGCGCAGUCAAAUGCCAAAACCAUGAAUUGAGAGCUGUCACUGAACCUGAAAAUGAAUGA